AUGGACGAAGUCGGCAUUAUCUUGCUAACGCUUUUUCUGUUUCUCCUCGUACUUGGGCCCCUGUAUAGACCAAUAUGUAUUACGUAUUCGCGCGUCAAGGACCACCGCAAGUAUCAUCCCCGGACUUCUCAAUUUGAAGAUGCUCGUCAAAAGCUGAGUACUGUGUCCGAAUGCACAACGAUUGGCCGUGAAAAGCUGGAUGUUGAGUCGAGUCUCAACCAGCACGACUCGGGACCAGAAUGGAUGUCGCUGUCACUGACUCUUACUGCCGACAGUCCCAUCUGCAUCGGACCACUGUUCGUCUCAAGCAGCGGCCACGCAAGCGUUGAAGGCCCGACGCAGGCAAUGCCCUCGCAGGCUUCAGGUACGGGCGGAGAUGGCAGUGUUCUAGAAGGAAGUGGAGGGCAACUGACGCACAGCGGUGUCGCUAUCAUCAAGAAGCUAGUUGAGGCGAGCAAGUGGAGAUUGCUGCAGCUGCGGAAAGAGAAGGCAAGCAAGUCUCCGAGCGAAUCUCCCGACGACGAAAUAUUGACGCUCAAAAUUUGUCAACACGCUUUCCACGCUAAAUGUCUUUCUUCAUGGUUUCUAAUUGAGCGGUACGACUGCCCCGUGUGCCGGAGUCAGUACUGGCUGACGCGGGAGAUGAGAGCCCGGGCGGCAUCCGCCCCUCCCGGUAGAGCCCUCGGUGCCGGGCCCGAGAUCGCAAGGCCGCCUCCGGUCAGGUUCACAAGACUGACUGCCGGGCGACUAAGCGUACCUAUCAUUUAA